AUGCGGAUCAAUGAAUCGACAGUCUUAGUGGGUGAGAAGGUGGUCUUGAUCCCUUACAGAAAAGAGCAUGUUCUUACCUAUCAUGAAUGGAUGAAAGAUGAACAAAUACAACAGCAGACCGCAUCAGAGCCAUUAAGUUUGGAAGAGGAGUAUGAUAUGCAGAGGACAUGGCAUACAGACGAUGAUAAGCUCACAUUCAUCGUACUAGCAAGGCAGAAGGAUCGGAUAGGGAUAUCGGAUAACGACAUAAAUAAUGUAUUGACAACCUCUUCUAUGGCGGGUGAUGUAAAUCUAUUUGUCUCUGAACGCCAUAUAGAAACAGAAGGCGAGGCUCCACUUGAUGCCGAAUUGGAGGUUAUGAUAGCAGAACCUGAACAUAGACGGAAAGGACUAGGAAAGGAAGCAUUGAAGCUGUUGAUGCAUUACGCAUGCAAUACACAAACACCCACUCAAUCCACAGCAAAGUAUCCGCUCCCGUUACCCAAAGAUGCAUUCGUUGCCAAAGUUGGCUUGAGUAAUGCUCCUUCGCGUACCUUAUUCGAAGGAUUAAAUUUCAAAGAAGUUGGAAGGAGUGAAAUUUGGAAAGAAGCAGAAUUGCGU